AUCCACAUGAAAUCAGGAAAUCAAACACAUGCUUCAGAAUUUCUCCUCCUGGGAUUUUCAGAGAAGUCAGAGAUUCAGUUCAUGCUCUUUGGGUUGUUCCUGUCCAUAUACUUGGUCUCAUUCACUGGGAAUCUGCUCAUCAUCCUGGCCAUCUGCUCAGACUCCCGUCUCCACACACCCAUGUAUUUCUUCCUUGCCAACUUGUCCUUUGCUGACAUCUGUUUCACCUCCACCACAGUCCCCAAGAUGCUGGUGAACAUCCAGACUCAGAGCAAAACCAUAACAUAUGAAGGAUGUCUCAGCCAGAUAUUUUUUUUCUUUGUGUUUGGAUGCCUGGACAAUUUACUCCUGACCGUGAUGGCCUAUGACCGCUUUGUGGCCAUCUGUCACCCCCUGCACUACUCACUCAUCAUGAACCCGCAGCUCUGUGGGUUGCUGGCCCUGGGGUCCUGGUGCAUCAGUGUAAUGGGCUCCCUUUUCGAGACCUUGACCCUUUUGAGGCUACCCUUCUGCACAAACAUGGAAAUAUCACACUUUUUUUGUGAUCUUCCUGAAGUCUUGAAGCUUGCCUGUUCUGACACCCUUAUCAAUAACAUAGUGGUGUAUUUUGUGACUAUUGUCCUAGGUGUUUUUCCUCUCUCUGGGAUCCUUUUUUCUUAUUCUCAGAUUUUCUCCUCCAUCUUGAGAAUUUCCUCAACUGCAGAUAAGUACAAAGCCUUUUCCACAUGUGGGUCUCAUCUCUCAGUGGUCUGCUUGUUCUAUGGCACAAGCCUAGGGGACUACCUCAGUUCUGCAGCAACUACAUCCUCCAGGACAAGUCUGGUGGCCUCAGUGAUGUACGCCAUUGUCACCCCUAUGCUGAACCCCUUCAUCUACAGCUUGAGGAAUGGGGACAUGAAGGGGGCCCUGGGUAGGUUGGUGCCUCUCAGCAUCAGGACCAUUACAGGACUCUCCUGA